AUGCUACUGAGCUUUCCCCUCUUGUUACUCCCGUUGCUGUGCGUCACCAGCUGUGCUGCGUCUUUCGUGCCUUGCGAGCCGUGUGACCAGAAGGCCCGUUCCAUGUGCCCCCCGAUGCCCUUGGGCUGCCAGGCGGUAAAGGAGCCCGGCUGCGGCUGCUGCCUGACGUGCGCGCUCGUGGACGGCCAGUCGUGCGGCGUGUACACGGGGCCGUGCACGCGCGGUCUGCGAUGUCUGCCCAAGAACGGCGAGGAGAAGCCUCUACACGCCCUCCUACACGGUCGAGGGGUGUGCAGAAACGAGAAGUUGUACAAACUGCUGCAUCCUUCGAAAGACACCAUGAUGCCCCAAACCAAGGUGCCCAUAUACGGACGAGACCAUAUUAGCAGUCGAAAAGCCCAGGCGAUGAAGCAGGCAAAGGACCGCAAAAAGCAGCUGGCCAGGGUGGGACCCAGCAGCCACUUGGAUUUCCCUCUGCACGGCCUGGAGAAAUUGGAGCUUGGGCCUUGUCGGAGACGUCUGGAUCACCUCAUUCAGAGCAUGAAGGACACAUCCCGGGUCUUGGCGCUGUCUUUGUAUAUCCCUAACUGUGACAAAAAAGGUUUCUUCAAGCGCAAACAGUGCAAGCCAUCACGUGGACGCAGGAGGGGGAUCUGCUGGUGCGUGGAUCGCUUCGGUGCCAAGAUCCCUGGCAUAAACCACGCCGGUGGAGACUUGCAGUGCAAAGACUUGGAUAGUAGUAGCAAUAGGAAUGAGUGA